CCUUUACUUACACAAACACAUUCGCGUCCACAAUGUCGCUUCCACGCCUCGAUAGCGCGCCCAAGGCCGAAGACUUCACCCCACUAUCCGAACACCAACAGCAGACGCCGACUUCGUUCUUCGGUGCAAAGCCCGUUCUCCAUGCGCAUUACGAGGCCGUGACACUAUCAGUAGCUGCUGACCGGCUCAAACAAGACGCCGCCUUCAGCAGCUUUGGUUCAAGGCGCGAGGGAGAAGAGGACCUGGUAGAUGGGGUUGACGUCUGGGUAUCUUCCGAAAACCUCAUACUAUUCCAGAACUCACCCUCUCCUGUCGGCAUAUCCAUCCCGUACCCGUCUCUCGCUCUGCACGCAACCAUGAAGUACAAGUCGACCAUCGAGGCGCUGUACAUGAAUAUUUCGCUCAACGACGCCGAGACCGUGAAUGAAGAUGACGACAUCCACAUGCUGGAAAUCACCGUUCUGCCACCAUCGUAUGACACAAAACCCACCGACACGUGUAUUUCGGAGUUCUUCGCUGCGCUAAACACAUGCGCGGAUCUUCACCCCGACCCAGAUGGCAGUGACGACGGCGAGGAUAUCAUGGACGACACAGCGCCCGGGGCAUCCGGUUGGAUCACAGCUGACAACAUCGACGAGUAUCUUGACGAGAAUGGCAACUUCAAGGGCAUGGUGAUUGGGGAAGAGCUGGGUCCGGGUGCUGGCACUGUAAGGACGAGGGACGACGGAGACGAGGGAUCAAAUGGCGUCAAUGGUGCCGACGGGCAUGAAGAAAAGUACCACCGUACUGGUUAGGUGACGAAGAGAUUAUGAAAUGCAUAAAGGAUAUCAAAUUUGGAUAUCCAGACUCAACCUGGGCUGCCUAAAGAGCAGUGCCGUUUCCAAUACGCUGAAUGAUUCGUAUUUAAAUAAGUCAUCACCAGAUUCUGAGAGGCACCCUCAACGGCUUCCCGACAGUUAGGCGGGGUUUAUUGCUGUCAACGUUAUGGCACUCUACAUAGGCGGCUACUUAUACGGAUCUUGAUGGUAGUUACGCGGUUACUCUACAGUUCACUUCCAGGCAGAUGGCACACGGUCCGGAAAUGAAGCGUGGGUGCGCACAUGCUGGAGAGACAUUGAGCCACCAGCACUAACAAAGCACGGGUUAUGGAUACUUUGUACUAUGUAUUACUAUACAUUCAAGCGUGCUAAAAGAUCCUUCUGGGACUAAACUUCUCAAUUUA